AUGGACUCCAUAUCAACACUCGUUACCAGAGGCAGCGCCCUUCUCGACGUCCGUGACGAAGACGAUAAAAAAAUGUCAAGCACCAUGAUCGAUUUGUUGAUUGCUCUAUUGGUUCUUGUCUUCGUUUCUCUAUGUCUAGUUGGAGCUCUCUAUACCGUGCGCAAGAUUCGCAGAAAUAGAGCCAUCGCUCGUCAAUCUCUUCCUCAAUACAACGAUCUUCCACAAAACGGUCGUCGUCUUACCAUCACCGCCACACCAUAUGCUGGUCGCAAAUCAAGCAUCUACGUAUACGACGAGAAAUCUUCCAUGAUGGACAGCCCAACCACCCCAUCAUCUCCAGUUCCCGAAAUCCGAAUCACCUUCCCAGACGAGCAAGAUGAAUCUGGACGAAGAAAGAGUGGUCGUGUGGUUGUCGUCAGAGUGGGUGAGACAAGUGUGGGAUUAGAGCCAUUAGCAGAGGAAGAACAAUUACCCGCAUACCAAAAGGAUAACGAACGAUUCCACUCGAUCGAUAUGGACCGCAUUGGUGGACUCAAAGAAAAGGAUCAAUACUCAUAG